AUGUUUUGGUCUUCAUUUAUAGGAAAAAUUAAUCAACUGCCAGUUUUGAGCCAGUUAAAUAAUACUUUUUUGAAAAAUGUAAGUGUCAGAAAUCAUAAAAUUAUUAAACCAAGAAAUAUUAUUAAGAUGUGGAAAAUAAGAAAAGGAGAUGAAGUGAAAGUAAUAUCUGGAAAAGAUAAAGGAAAAAUAGGAGAAGUAUUAAGUUGUGACAAAUUUAGGAAUAUGGUAAAAGUCAAAGGAUGUAAUAUGAGGAAACUUUUUGUUGAUAAUAAAUUCGUUUAUAUUGAAAAAAAAAUACAUUAUUCAAAUGUUCAAUUAAUAGAUAAUUUUUUAAAAACAAAUACAAAGGUAGCUUUAAGAUAUACAGAUGAUAAUCAAGUUAUUAGAAUAUCAAAAAAAUCAGGAACUGUUAUACCAUGGCCUAGUGAAAAAACAAAAGAAGAAGAUUAUGAUCAAAUUGAAGAAAACCCUUUAGAUACUUUGCCUCAGGAAGCUUUAAAAAAAACAUAUGAUUAUAAAACGGAAUUAUCUUAG